UUCAGAUUAUGGAAUGCGCAGGCAAUGUUGUUUGGUGACCAGAGUCGCCUGAAGCCCAUUGCGUUGCUACUCUCAUCAUUCACUUUCAAUUUACCCCAAGCUCAUGUACGAAGUACCUGCCCUGUGCUUUCCUCCUUCCUCGAUAUAACCUCGGAUCCAUCAUCAGUCCACCCCACUAUCACCAUCAACGACCUGGACUCCAUCCCUCUUCCCCAUCCCAGCUCCCGCCUCCCAUCUCAUUACCGCGACGCCAGUAUCGGACUCACGGUACUUCUAUGAAACCAGAUUCAAAUUCAAAUUUCGGAAAAAAUAGGCCAAGUCAAAGUCACGCCUUGAAACGGGGAUUCUCUCACAAUGCUCUUCAUCGGUCUAACAGGCUCCAUCGCAACGGGCAAGUCAACCGUUUCCUCCAUUCUCUCCAACCCUCCUUACUCCAUUCCCCUCAUCGACGCCGAUGUUCUCGCCAGGAAAGUCGUCGAGCCCGGAUCAAAUGGAUACGCCGCUAUCGUGAAGCAUUUCCUCCCCACAACCCCGGACCUCCUCGUCCCGGUCUCAAAGACCAUGCCCGAGGCCGGGCCUGACGGCAAAGGACGACCACUCAACAGACCCGCCCUCGGCAAGCGCGUCUUCGGCGACACGGAAGAGCUCAAAAAGGACCGUGCCGUACUCAAUGGCAUCGUUCACCCGGCCGUUCGCUCUGAGAUGUACAAGGCCAUCCUCCGCGCCUACGUCACCGGUCACUGGGCUGUUCUCCUCGACGUCCCCCUAUUAUUCGAAAGCAGCCUCGACCGUCUCUGCGGCACCGUGUUCGUCGUUGCCGUCAAGGACCCCGAGGUACAGAUGCAGCGUCUCAUGGCCCGUGAUCCUCAUCUCAGCCGCGAAGACGCCGAGAACCGCGUGCUCAGCCAGACGGAUGUGAGACUCAAGGCGCGGAGAUGCGAGGCCAGAGGUGAGGGCAAGGGCGUCGUACUAUGGAACGACGGCUCCAAGGAAUCUCUAAAGAGAGACAUUGGCGAGGCUAUCCGUCACGUUCAGGCCUCCAGCCCAGUGUGGUGGAGCUGGUUGCUCCUGGCGUGUCCACCAGCGGCAGCAGCCCUCGGGGCCUGGCGAUUCUGGCAGAAUGUCCGCAUCAACAAGGCAUGGGCGGAGCAGGAGAGAAUUGAGAAGGCAAAGUUGUAGGCCGACUCUCGACAACCACAGUACAAGCACAAUCCCGAUGACCACAUCCCCGGGUUCGCUCGUAAUCUUGAAUAAAGGCAAGUGUCUCAGGGGUUUUGGCUUCACGAAUGAGCUUCAUUGCCCCGUUUCGUUGGUGCGGUAUCGCAUGACCGGGCAU